UAAUCACGUUACGUAAAAACUUUUAAUUUACGUAUCUAUACAAAAUAUGAUAAUAAAUAACAUCAUUGAAAAAUUUUCAAAAAUGUUUAUAUUUCAUAUUUUCAAAUGUUGCAAUGUGUAAGAUCGAAACUUCAAAACUUCAUUUCGUUAAUACGGUUAAAACAACAAUUUUUAGUGAAAUAUCAUAUUAUUUUUUAUUCUAUAUUGCGCCAUAGAACAUAUUGUAAUAAUCUUUCUGUCAUGGCAUCGAAAUGUUUUAGGAAUAAUGAUCAUUAUAAUGGCAUAACUAUCGAUUCAAAUGAAGAAUCUUGCACGCCUCAAGUAUUUGCACAUCGUCUUACAGCAUCUUUACAAGAGUGGAUACAAAAUAAAAAACGUACCAUAUGGUUUCGUGUAUAUUUAUCACAUUCAGAAUGGAUACCAAUACUUGUGAAAGAAGGAUUUAAAUUUCAUCAUGCAAAACAAGAAUAUGUUAUGCUUUAUCGAUGGUUAGUUAAUGAAGAAUGUAAUAUUCCACAUUACGCACACACAAAUUUAGGAAUUGGUGGGUUUGUUUAUAAUGAAGAAACUCAAGAAGUUUUAGUUCUUAAAGAAAAAUAUGUAAAUAAAAGAGCUAUGUGGAAAUUACCAGGUGGUCAUGUGAAUCCAGGAGAAAAUUUAGAAGAAGCUGUAAAAAGAGAAAUUCUAGAAGAAACUGGUAUACAAACUAUUUUCAAGUGCAUAAUAAGCUUUAGACAUAUUCAUGAUUAUUCAUUUAACUGUUCUGAUAUAUAUAUGAUUGCUUAUUUAACUCCUCUUAAUUUUGAUAUUAAAAAAUGUGAAAAAGAAAUUUCUGAAUGCAAAUGGAUGAAGGUGAAUGAUUUUUUAAAACAUUCGGAUGUACAUGAAAAUAACAGAUUGAUUGCAAAAAAAAUGUUAGAAUUUUUUAAACAUAAAAUAGGAAUUAUUGUUGAACACAAUAGACAUUCUAUAACAAACAAACCUAUCUGUAUAUAUAGUGUAUCUAAGAUUAAUAAUAUAUAACAAUAUGUAAAAUAAUUA